AAUUUUUUCUUGCUUUUAUUAUAAAUUAAACAAAAAAAAAAAAUAAGCAAAAAUAUUUUUAAUAAAUUUGUAAUUUGCUCAAGAACAACGGAGAGGCAGAGAGAGAUAUAAAGAGAAGAGAAGAGAAGAGAAGAGAGCGUGUCUCUCGAAACCAGUUGAGGUGGUAAAAACAUUAUUAUUGUGUUUUCUUAGUGCUGCCUACGUUAAUAAUGCCGGUUUCUGCAACUUUAACAAUUCGGUCGACGUCUCCGUUAACGCUACUUCGUAAUUAUGUUGCGUUUGUUGUGCAUCAAUUAUGUUAUUUUAGCUCACUUAAUUUAAAUGUCAUUAUGUUAGUUUGUCUUGUUUUAUUAUUGUCGACAUUGUCGACAGAUUGUUUGGCUUCUAGCCUGAAACAGCCAACUUCAACGAAAAGUUCUCCACAUGUCGGUGAUAUAACGGAAAUACGUAAAAUUAGCACAUCUAGCUUUAUGUCUCCGUCAUUGUCGUCUUCGAUGCCAUCGGCACCGCCCUCAUCCAUUUCCUCGUUUCCUGCUAGUGUCAGUGGUAAUGGAGGCGGUGCUAGCGCCAGUAGCCGUUUUAAUGUGGAUUUACGUCGUUCUGGUGUUAGUGCUAGCGGUGCCAUACAUUCGCCGACCACAUUUAUCCAUGGUAGUCCCCAUCAAGUGCAUCGAACUCACAGCCGACGACCCUCAUUAUUAUCAUCAGCAUCGUCGGCAGCUGCUGCUACAGCGAGCUCAACGCUGCUAUCAGCAACAACAUCAAUGUCAUCGGUCAAACAAGUGUUUGAAGAGAAAAGAACAUGUCCUCCUUCGUAUUUUACCUGCAAUGAUGGCAAAUGCAUACCAAUGCGUUGGAAAUGUGAUUCAAAAGCGGAUUGUGAUGACAGCUCUGAUGAGACUGUAGGUUGUGCCAACGCUUCAAAAUGCAAUGAAGGUCAAUUUCAGUGCACAUCCACACACAAGUGCAUACCCAACAAUUGGGUAUGUGAUGGCGAAUACGAUUGUGGCACUCACGAUAUAUCCGAUGAAAUCAAUUGUCGCAACGAUGAAGUAUCUUGUCGUCCGUAUCAGAGUAAAUGCAGUAAUGGCUUCUGUUUAGAUAUAUCACGGUUUUGUGACGGUACCUGGGAUUGUGAUAACGACGAGGUCAAGUGCGAUACCCAAGAUGCGCAAUGCUCAACGUUAAACUGUUCAUUUAAUUGUAAGCUAACACCAUUGGGACCCACUUGCUAUUGUCCGCCCGGUCAACUUACUAUUAAUGGAACGCAAUGCAUAGAUUACGAUGAAUGCUCAGUGCAGGGCAUGUGUGAUCAAUCGUGUCGCAACACUCACGGUUCAUACGAAUGCUCUUGUGUACCGGGUUAUAUUAAACAAAAAACUCGUUGCCUAGCUUUAAACGUACCCGAGAAUGAACCUCCUUCUUUGGUAUUCUUGACGCAAACUGAGAUGCGUCGAAUAAAUGCCAACAACGGUUCUCUAAUGUCACACAUCAAUUCAGCUGAUGUAUCCGCAAUUGAGGUUUGGCAUCGUAAUCGCACUCUUUGUGCCAUGUAUUCAAGCCCUUGGACUGCGGUUAAUAUGAAAUGUCAUCGUAUAGAUGAUUUGAAUGUCAGCUGGGCAAUGGUAUUGCCGGAAUUAAUUACUAGUACACACUUUAUCGAUAAAUUACGUCUCGAUUGGAUAUCGGGCAAUUGGUAUUUUCUGAGCAACGAGCCUGGUUUAGUAUUCAUGUGCAGCAAUUCCAUGAAAUAUUGCCGUAUCAUCUUGGAAAACAUACAAAAUCCUUCAUCAAUGGUUUUGGAUCCCACGAAAGGUUUUAUUUUUUUUACCGAAUGGAGUCCGAGCUUAUCACGCGCCAACCUUGAUGGCACAAAUCAUACAAUUUUGGUUUCAUCUCAGAUUUACUAUCCCAGCUGGGUAACAUUGGACUUACCAAAUGAACAUGUAUACUGGAUUGACAUAUAUAAGGACUUUAUUGAACGCGUUAACUAUGAGGGCGGCCAACGAUGGUCUAUGAAAAAAACCCACGAUACUCACGUGCCUUUUAAAACUUUACAUUCGGUAGAGAUUUUUGAAAAUACUGUCUUUAUUGCACCAUGGAGCGAUACAGUGAUCAUUACAAUGGAUAGAUUUACGCUGGAAGCAAAACAAAUUGUUAGCGAUGUUAAACGACCUUACGAUUUUCGCAUCUUUCACCGCCAAAAGCAACCUGUAGUGGCCCAUCCAUGUCGUGUUAACAAUGGAAAUUGUAAUCAGAUUUGUGUGCCGCAUUGGACUAAAAGUUUCGCUGAAGCCAAAUGCAUGUGUUCACACGGUUAUAAAUUACACAACAAUACCGAAUGCGAGCUGCUGCGCUAUGAGAGAUUUCUCCUUGCGGCUCGUCAACGUUUGGCUAACAUUGCUGGUAUACCGUUAACGCAACAGCACAAGUAUUUGGAUGCAAUGGUACCCAUUUAUAAUGUCACUUGGCCAUUGGGUGUUGAUGUAAACGUCCGUCAAAAGUUGAUCUAUUUCAUACAAUCGAAUAACCACGGUUUUCUGUUGCACAGUCAAAGCAUUGAUGGCAAACAACGCAAAAUCCUUGCACAAGGAAGUGAUAGCGCAUCUGUGUUGGCAUACGAUUGGUUGGCUGACAAUCUUUAUUGGAGUGGUGUGGAUAGCAUACAUGUGGCCUCUGUACAAAAUAUGAGCAAAAUUGUUUCAUUGCCCAUUAAACGGGAAGCUAUGUCCUUAGCUAUUGAUCCUAUUGGCGGAUUCUUAUAUUGGUCACAUUGGAUGGCCGGAGAAAAGAAAGCAGUUAUCUAUCGUUCCUGGCUAGAUGGUACCCACAAACACUUAUUAAUGGAAUCAACAGCGCAAAUGCCAAUGAAGUGGCCCUUAAGUUUAAACAUAGACCGGCGCAGCAAACAUAUCUAUUGGUGCGACGUAAAAGAAAGCACUAUAGAGCGCAUGAAUUUGGAUGGCACUAAUCGUACAAUACUCUUCAAAGAUGGUCAAUUCCAUCCGAUAGCGAUGACGUUUCAUAAUGGUUUUAUUUAUUGGGUCGACAAUAAAAACGGAACUAUAAGGCGUUUUAAUAUCCAUCACUUAAAUCACUCGAUAGCCAAUGAAACGCAUACCGAGGUUUUUUCUUUAGAAAGAGGACGUACAUCGAAUUUGCGCAUGUUUGAUAUAGCGACUCAGCCGUUCGGUUCGAAUAACCCUUGCGCCAAUACAUUAUGUCCCGGCGUGUGCUUCAAUACACCACUUUCGGCGGUUUGUCGUUGCCCAGAUCGGUAUUCUUUGAAUGGUACAGGCUCCCAGUGUGUACCUUAUGCAAAGGAAAAAUUGGAAAAAAAUUGUACUAACGGUUUUCAGUGUUCUGCCACUGAACAAUGUGUAGAUCUUAAGGAUUUAUGCGACGGUUUUGAUGAUUGCGAUGACGCCAGCGAUGAAAGCUUUGCAAAGGAUGGACCUUGUAACCCACUUAAAUGUGAUCCGAAUGUGCACUUCGUGUGUAACGGAAGGUGCUAUCAACGCACAUUGAUGUGUAGUUCUAUCAACUACUGUCCUGAUGGAGAAGAUCAACGCAACUGUGAACAGCAUUCGUGUAAUAGUCAUGAGUUCACCUGCUUUAAAACAGGUAAAUGUAUACAAUUAUCUUGGGUUAACGACGGAGUAGUGGACUGCGGCCCCGACGAUUCUUCAGAUGAGGGCGAUGAAGUUGUAUUUGAAGAAAAAUGCCCUGAACACAUGUGUGAAAAUGGUGUUUGUGUUGCGCUCUCGGCCAUUUGUGAUGGUAUCAACCAAUGUGGCGACAAUUCCGAUGAAAGUGAUUGCGCAAGCAUCGAAUGUGGCCCUGGAGAACGAUUUUGUAUGCCCAUUGGUUGUUAUGAUGAAACUAGUAUAUGUGACGGAAUACACGAUUGCUUGGAUUUCAGUGAUGAAAGCAAUUGUAAUACAACCAAAAGUGAUAACCAUGCUAUCGGAUUAGGUGAAGCACAUCAAUGUGGGCCCUUUGAAUUUGGCUGCUCUGACCCAUUUGAAUGUAUUCCGGACUUUAUGCAUUGCGAUGGUGUCGAUCAUUGCUUUGAUAAAUCGGAUGAAUUAAAUUGUACUGAAGUCCAUGAUUCUAAAGUGAAUUUUAAUGAAAGCAUAAUAUGUCAACUCCCCGAUCGUUUUUGUCCUGAUUCCAAUAAGUGCAUAACCGUGCGUCAGUUAUGCGAUGGUAAUAUGGAUUGUCCCGAUGGUACUGAUGAGGGCUUUUUGUGCUAUGAAAAACUGUGCGAACAGACGCACGAAUGUUCACAUCAUUGUCAUAAUGCUCCCGAAGGAUUCGUCUGUUCCUGCCCAGCGCACAUGUUCCUAAUGCCCAAUGGCAAAAGGUGCAGCAUGCAACAUGCAUGCGAGCAUUGGGAUACUUGUUCACAGAUCUGCAGCACAGCUGGAAAAAGCUACGACUGUAAGUGUCUCGACGGAUACGAUUUGCAAUACGAUCAUUUUAGUUGCAAAAGUAUGUCCUCCGAUAAUCCUUACAUAAUAUUUACCAACCGCCAAGAGAUCAGAGGGGUGAACCUGAAAACGUCAACUAUAAGCAACUUUUAUACGUCCUUGCGUAAUACCAUAGCUUUAGAUUUUCUGUACAGCAACGAGUCUAGCCAAAUUUUUUGGACCGAUGUUAUAGAUGACAAAAUUUACCGUGGUCAGUUGAUGGGAGAAGUGUUGCAUAAGGUGGAAGCAGUUGUACACUCAGGCUUAUCAACUACAGAAGGUUUAGCAGUUGAUUGGAUUGGUUUAAAUUUAUAUUGGAUUGACUCGAACCUGGAUCAAAUUGAAGUGGCCAAGCUCAAUGGAAGUUUCAGGCGUACUUUAGUAGCCGGUGACAUGGAAAGUCCACGGGCUAUAGCGUUAGACCCGCGUGAAGGUCUCUUAUUUUGGACGGAUUGGGAUGAAAACUAUCCACGUAUAGAGCGCUGUUCUAUGGCUGGAGAACAACGGCAAGCCAUUUCUACGACAUCACAGGUUUCGGCUGGUUGGCCUAACGGUUUAACAUUGGACUACACCCAAAAGCGAGUUUACUGGGUAGAUGCCAAAUCUGAUUCAAUUUAUACUAUCAAAUAUGACGGUUCGGAUGUUCACUUAGUUUUAAGAAAUCGCGAUAUUCUGUCGCAUCCAUUUGCUAUAACCGUUUUCGAAAAUUACGUUUAUUGGACUGACUGGAGAACUACGUCAGUAAUUAGAGCAAAUAAAUGGAAUGGUACUGACAUUCAAGUCAUACAAAGAACCCAAACUCAGCCAUUUGGUAUCCAAGUAUUGCACUCGAGCCGACAGCCACAUGCCGAAAAUCCUUGUGAACGUAACAAUGGUGGGUGUUCACAUCUAUGUUUACUGGAUCUGAAAGGUAGAUAUCAGUGCGCUUGUCCCCAUGUUAUGCGAUUAGAUUCGACGGAUAAUCGUACUUGCAUAGCCAAUGAACAAGUGUUACUGUUCAUAAUGGGUGAUGAGAUACGUGGUAUCGAUCUAAUGCAACCUAAUCAUCAUACCAUACCGACUAUACGGCAGUCACCACAAGUCUUAGCACCUCAACGCAUUGAUUUCACGGUUGACGAUAAUCGCAUUUAUUGGUCGGAUGUACAGUUAAAUGAAAUCAAAACAGCGGGAAUUUCGAAUGGUAUCAUCCAAACCAUUAUAAACACCGAUAUACAAAAUCCGUUUGGUUUGGCCAUUGAUUGGAUAGCCAAGAAUAUAUAUUUCUCUACAGGAAAAACAAUAUGUGAUAUAUGGGCUAGCAAUCUGAAAGGGGAAUAUGUCACUCAAAUUCUUACGGGCCUAAAUAAAAUCGAGAGUAUUGCUCUAGAUCCGGCCAACGGCAAAAUGUUUUGGAUUCAAUCAGAGCGUUCCUUGCAACUAUGGCAAAUUGAACAAAGUAAUUUGGAUGGUUCAGGCCGUAUUAUUCUCUAUGAAUAUAAUAACACUUUAUUAUCAUUGACAAUGGACUAUGAGUCUGAACGUUUGUAUUACGUUUACGACAAUUCUGGCAUAGCAUAUUACGACUUUCAAAAACGAGAAGUGGUUGAUGUUUUACCAGCCAGCAAUGUUAUGACCAUAAGUUCAGUUACCAUUUACAACGGCACCGUUUACUUUCCUGAGAAUAUACAAAGUGUUAUAAUGAGCUGCGAUAAGGAUAAAUGUGCGGAAUAUUCCAUGUUAAGGAAAAACACGAAAAGUAUUCAAUCACUAAAAAUGUUUUACGCUGAAGCCCAGGUGGGCUCAAAUACUUGCAGUGGUCCUCUGAAAGGCGGUUGCUCUCACUUGUGUUUAGCAUUAUCGCCCACGGAGCAUGCGUGUGCUUGUGCCAUGGGUUAUCGUUUCAAUCCAGAAAACCCAACCCAAUGUCUAGGAUAUGAGGAAUUCCUAUUCUAUUCCAAUCAUGAACUAAAAGGAUUAGAAAUCUAUGAUCCUUUGAAAUCCUUAGAACAGCAAGGACAAAAAAUGGCUUUGGGUCCCAUUUCGCGAAUUUCUUUGGCUUCGUUCAUCGACUAUCAUGCUGCUCGAGACUACCUUUAUUGGGGUGAUAACGAACGCGGUACAAUAUCGCGCAUUAAACGUGAUGGCACCGGUCGCGAAGAUAUUAUUAAGUCGUUAGAUUGGAUGGAUAAUCGUCAAUUGGAUUGGUUGGGUGGGUUGGCGGUCGAUUGGGUAGCCGAAAAUAUAUAUAUCAGCGAUCUUAAGCGAAACAUUAUUGAGGUGGCCCGUUUAGACGGUUCGCAACGUUACGUGGUUAUAUCAAACGUGAUUAAGCCUACGGCUUUAGCAGUAGAUCCCGUUCAAGGUUUACUAUUCUACGUAGCCGAGGGAAUUAUCGGACGUACCGGCCUGGAUGGUAGCCAGCCGUUAGUUUUAGUAAACCAUCAGAAACUUAUCAACAAUCUGGUUUUGGAUAUUGAUAGCACCAGAGUUUACUGGUGUGAAAAUGCCAAGAAUUCUUCUUCACAGCCAGCUAUUAUGAAAGUAGAUUAUGAUGGGAACCUUAAGGCGGCUUUAUUGAAUCACAGUUUAGAACAUCCUGUAGCAGUGGCCAAAUUAGAUGAUUAUCUGUAUUGGGCGGAUAAUAGCCAUAAUAAGGGUAGCAUCAAAGUGGCUAAUUUUAAUGAUUUAAACGAUUCCAAAGAGCUAAAACGUUUGGAAGGCUACGCUCUGAAGGAUAUGAAAAUAUUUUCGAAACGUUUGCAGAAGGGCGUCAAUUUUUGCUCAGAAAAUAAUGGGGGCUGCCAAGAGCUAUGUUUAUAUAACGGCACUUCAGCAAUAUGCGCUUGCACGCAUUCCCGAGUGGCUAGUGACGGCCUUUCUUGUGAGCCUUACGAUAGUUUUUUGUUGUUCUCUUAUCGAAGCACUAUUGAAAGCGUUCACUUGACGGAUCACACAAAUAAGAAUGGACCUGUCAAAUCAAUACAUAAUACCACCUACAUGAUGAACGUUAUCGCUCUCUCUUAUGAUUACGAGAGAAGUCUGCUUUUCUACUCGGAUGUAGUUCUUAGCACAAUUAAUGCAGUUUACUUCAAUGGGAGCCAAAAUCGUGUUCUAAUUAGUCAUCAAGGCCGUGUUGAAGGUUUAGCUUUCGACGCUGUCAACAAUAUGCUUUUCUGGACGUCGAAUAACGAUGCUUCAAUUUGUAGUUUAAAUUUACACGAAAUUACCGAUGGCGCUGACAAUAACACCCAACUUGUAAGUCGUAUACGUGUUCUAAAUUCGAAAGACAAGCCGCGAGGCAUUGCAGUAGAGCCUUGCUUGGGCAUGAUAUAUUGGACUAACUGGAAUGAGGAUUUGCCGUCCAUACAAAGAGCUUUUGUAACUGGAUUUGGUUUAGAGUCGGUUAUACGUUCCGAAAUUAAAAUGCCCAACGCUAUCACUUUAGAUCUGGAGGAACAAAAGUUAUAUUGGGCAGAUGCGCGAUUGGACAAAAUCGAAAGAGCCAAUUAUGACGGUACUCAUCGUGUGGUGUUAGCUCAUUCUACACCUAAACAUCCCUUUGCUAUAGCCGUUUCUGGAGAUUUAUUAUUUUGGUCUGAUUGGGUCUUGGGGGCUCUAGUGAGAGCUAAUAAAUACACCGGGGCAGACGUUGUAUUUCUCCGUGAUCGAAUUGAUCGUCCCAUGGGUGUGGUAGCUGUACAAAAUACUACCGUCAAUUGCGAUGCCAACCAAUGCAAGAUUUUAAAUGGGGGCUGCGAAGAUGUUUGCAUACUCAGUAAAAAUGGUACCGCCAGUUGUCAAUGCACACGAGGUAUACUAGCAACCGAUGGCAAACGUUGCAUACAGCCAUUAAAUACAAAUUGCAAGAAGGAUCAAUUCCUUUGUCGUUCCGGUGAAUGUAUACCUUUAGAUUUAACCUGUGACAGUAUUCCUCAUUGUUUAGAUUCAUCCGAUGAAAUGCGCAGUUAUUGCAUCAUACGCGCCUGCCCUAAAGAAUUCUUUAUGUGCAACAAUCAUCGAUGUAUACCACAACAGCAGACUUGUGAUGGAGUACAUCAAUGUGGUGAUGGUUCAGACGAAUCGGAAUUAGUAUGCAAAUGUGACCCCGAAAAAUUCAGAUGCGGUAGUGGAGAGUGUAUAGCUCAUCAGUUUGUCUGCGAUCAUGUGCGAGACUGUAAAGAUUUUAGUGAUGAGAAAAAUUGCCCGCCCUCCGAAUGCCCCAAUGGAAAUGCGCUUUAUGAACACUGUGCUAAUUCUACUUACUGUUUCAUGCCUGCCUGGCGUUGUGACGGAGAAGAAGAUUGCCCCGAUGGUACGGACGAACAAGAUUGUGAUCAUGUCACAAAGGUAGCUUGCGGAUCCGGACAGUUUCAAUGCUCUAACGGUCAUUGCAUUAAUGAAAAGUGGCGCUGCGACGGUGAAAAUGAUUGCAAGGAUUCGCAAACGGAUGAAGCCCUUAGUUCUGAUGAGGUUGGUUGUCGUUUACAAUGUAAGCCAAACGAAUUCCGCUGCGAUAACACUUGCAUACCGAGUCAGUGGCAGUGUGACAACAAGCCUGAUUGUGAAGAUGGCUCAGAUGAGGGAGCCCAAUGUCAGAAUCGGGUUUGCCAAUCUCAUUUAUUUAAAUGCAAAUCAUCUGGGCGCUGCAUACCCCAAAAAUGGGUGUGCGAUGGGGAACGCGACUGUCCUGGCCAAGAGGCUGAAGAUGAAGCUGAGCACUGCGCCGUUGCUUCAGUUCCUCACAUAAGUAAUUGCGCUGCGCCCUCUUUCCUUUGCUCAAACGGCGUAUGUUUAAAUAGUCGUUUAGUGUGUGACGGUGACAAUGAUUGCCCCAAUGGCGAAGAUGAAUAUGAGGAUUGUAUAUCUUAUGACACUAAGACGCUAGUUUGUUCGCCUUUUUCUGAGUUUCAGUGUCAAAACCUAGAAUGUAUUCCAAAAAAUUUGACCUGCAAUUCGCAUCGAGAUUGCUUAGAUGGUUCUGAUGAAUCAGUUGAGCUUUGUGGUACUUUGCCUUUGACUUGUCUUCAAGGUCAUCAAUGUAAAAACAAAGCUUGUAUAUCCAAAGAAUUUUUGUGCGAUGGACGUAAUGACUGCGGUGACUUUAGCGAUGAAUCACUAUGUAACAUCAACGAGUGCUUAACGCCUGACAUUUGCGAACAUAUGUGUGUAGAUAAGAAAAUCGGUUAUGAAUGCCAGUGCCGAGACGGUUACAAAUUACAUGCGUCCAAUCAUCACUUAUGUGAUGAUGUAGAUGAAUGCGCAACUGUUCACAAUUGCACUCAAAUGUGUGUUAAUACUUACGGCUCGUAUAAAUGUCUAUGCUCACAGGGUUACCAACUCAAAGAUGAUCAGCACACCUGCAAAGCCGUUAGCAAUGAAACAGUUAAAUUGAUAUUCUCAAAUCGCUAUUAUAUACGUCAGGUUGAUAUGCGUGGUAAUGGUUCGAUAUUAAUACAUCAGCUAUCGAACGCUGUUGCUUUAGAUUUUGAUUGGGACUCCAAAUGUUUAUUUUGGUCCGACGUCACAACGACUGUAGGCAUGAUUAAAAGACAUUGUCAAACGGAAAAUAAAACCACUACGUUGCAUCAAGCUAUGCUCAAGAAUCCUGAUGGCUUGGCAGUAGAUUGGGUUGCCAAGAAUUUGUAUUGGUGUGAUAAAGGAUUGGACACGAUUGAAGUGUCGCAAUUAGACGGCAAAUAUCGUCGUGUAUUAAUCAAUGAAAAUCUUCGAGAACCUCGGGCUGUUGCCUUAGACCCUUAUCAUCGCUUUCUGUAUUGGUCCGAUUGGGGUGAUAGUCCUCAUAUAGGCAAAGCGGGUAUGGAUGGUUCCAAUGCUCGCAUGAUUAUACGGGAGAAUCUAGGUUGGCCUAAUGCUCUAACAAUAUCAUUUGAGAGUAAUCAAUUAUUUUGGGGCGACGCCAGAGAAGACACAAUUUCUGUGUCCGACUUAGAUGGCAAAAAUAUAAGACUACUAAUGGCUCGCAAAUUAAAUCCACAUUUAAAUUUGCAUCACAUAUUUGCUAUAGCCGUAUGGGAGGAUAAGAUCUAUUGGUCUGACUGGGAAAUGAAAUCAAUUGAAUACUGCAACCGAUUUACGGGACAGAACUGUUCUACUCUCAUAACAACCAUACAUAGGCCCAUGGAUUUAAGAAUUUACCAUCCGUACCGGCAACAGCAACCUUUGGUACCAGCUGGCAAUCCCUGUAUUCACGCCAACUGUUCGACCUUGUGCUUGCUAGCUCCUGAGGAACCAUACUACAAAUGCGCUUGUCCGAACAACUUUGUGUUGGAUGAGGAUGGCCAAUCGUGUCAUGCGAAUUGUACAGCUGCGCAUUUCCAAUGUUCUCAAACUUACAAAUGCAUACCAUUUUAUUGGAAAUGCGAUACACAGGAUGAUUGCGGUGACGGUAGUGAUGAACCCGAAAGCUGCCCGCCUUUCCAUUGUGAACCUGGUCAGUAUCAAUGCGUAAAUAAAAAGUGCAUACAUCCGUCAGCUAUAUGUGAUGGAAUCGAUCAAUGCGGUGACAAAUCAGACGAACAAAACUGUGAUAAAUUUACCUGUUUUGAGAAUCACAUGAAAUGUGAGGCCACUUCGACUACUUCGGCAUUUUGUAUAGACAACGUUAAGAAAUGCGACGGUGUGCGUGACUGUCCCAAUAGAGAAGAUGAAACGGGAUGUACACCUUUAAAUUGCAAACCAGAUCAAUUUCAAUGCGGUAAUAAUCGUUGCAUACCGUACGUAUGGGUUUGUGAUAAUGAUAAUGAUUGCGCAGACAAAUCCGAUGAAAUGAAUUGUGAGCAGAUGACUUGUGAAUCGACAGAUUUUCGAUGCAAUUCUGGCCGGUGUAUACCUAUGGCUUGGCGCUGCGAUGGCGAAGAUGAUUGCCCCAGUGGCGAAGAUGAGCCUCCUACUUGUCAUUCCUCUAAGGAGAAUUGUGAUCCCACGUACUUCAAAUGCAACAACUCAAAAUGCAUUCCCGGCCGUUGGCGAUGCGAUUAUGAAAACGACUGUGGUGACGGCAGCGACGAAUUGAACUGCCAAAUGCGAAAUUGUUCGGAAAGUGAAUUUAGAUGCGGUACAGGGAAGUGUAUCAAACAUGAUCAUCGCUGUGAUGGUGAGAUACAUUGUGAUGAUAGUAGCGAUGAAAUCAAUUGCAAUAUCACUUGUAAAGUAAAUCAAUUUAAAUGCGCUGCUUUCAAUACGUGCAUCAACAAACAAUACCAAUGUGAUGGCGAUGAUGAUUGCCCUGACGGCUCGGAUGAGGUACAGUGUACUUGUCCUUUUGAUCAUUUCACUUGUGCAAAUGGGAAAUGCAUAAUGUCCAGAUGGAAAUGUGAUGGUUGGGAUGAUUGCACUGAUGGCAGUGACGAAAGUUUGGCCACAUGCGCGCAUGUGCAUUGUCAUGCUAACGCUUUCAAAUGUUCCAACCUUAAGUGCAUAAGGAAAUCUGCUCUCUGCGAUGGUGUGAGUGAUUGUGAUAACGACGAAGAUGAGUCGGAUAAGGUAUGUGCUGCUUUGCCCAAAUGCCGUCAUGAUCAAUUUCAGUGUGAAAAUGAAGACUGUAUAUCGAAAAACUUUCGUUGUGAUGGUCAAUACAAUUGCAUUGACGGCUCGGACGAGAUGAAUUGUCAGCCACCUGUUUGCGGCUUUGGUACUUGCUCGCAAAUUUGUAUAGAAAAAAAGGCUGGCCAUUUUAACUGUAAAUGUACUGAAGGAUAUCAUAAGGGAUCACAAAAAAAUGCGACUUGUUUAGCUUCGGGGCCCGAUCAAGUCUUGCUUUUGGCCUCCGAGCAAGAAUUUCGGUUUAUUUUGCCAGCUAAGCAAGAGGGUACUACGGUGGUAGGCUUCUUUCAAACUGACAGCUUAAAGAUUGAUGUUUUCGAUAUAUUAAUAAGAGCCAAGGAUACACUAUUGUUUUGGAUAGAUUCUCACCAUGGAAAAGUACAUACUAUGAAAAUAGCCACCCCACAGCCGGAAGUUGUAACAGUAAGAAUACGUCGCGACCUUAAGGAGUUAACUGCAUUUAAUAUACCCGAUCUAGAUGAUCCCAAGUCAUUAGCUAUUGAGUGGAUUACCCAAAUGGUUUAUGUGAUCGAUUCGAAGCAUAAUAAAAUUUUGGUAACAGAUAUAGAUGGAAAAAAAUAUAGCACCUUGGUUUCGACAGGUUUAAAUCCCACGGACAUAGUCGUAGAGCCCGAAUCGAGGGUCAUGAUAUGGUCGACAUUGGAAAAUGGCAUUUUAAUGGCUUCGUUGGACGGCAGUAAUAAAAAGAGCUUGGUAGAAAGAGAUGUUGGCUGGCCAAUUAGCUUAUCUAUAGAUUAUCCUACCGGGCGUUUAUACUGGGCUGAUUACCGCAAGGGUACCAUUGAAACAUGUCGUCUGAAUGGCAAAGAACGUAAUGUUGUUAGGAGAUUCUCAAAUAAGGAAAAGCCACAGAAGAUUGACGUAUUUGAAGAUUAUCUGUAUAUAAAGCUAUAUGAUCAGAGCAUAAUAAAAAUGAACAAAUUUGGCAACGAUAAUGGUACCUAUUUGUUGAAAGGUUACAGAUCGUCGGAUAUUGGAAUUUUACACCCUUUGAAACAAAAUCGCAACAUAACAAAUCCUUGCUCGAAGGAACCCUGCAAAACAAAACGUGCUCUUUGCAUUUUGUCCUCCGAGAGUUCGUUUGGUUAUAGUUGCAAAUGUCCUAACGAUUUAGUCGAUGUUGAGAGUGAAUGCAAAGACCCGACGGAGAUACCUAAUUAUUGCCCUUUACCUUGUAACCUAGGAACUUGUAAGAUUGUGGACAAGGUACCGAAAUGUGUAUGCCAACCGCAGUUCGAAGGAGAAUUUUGUGAACAUUAUCGUUGCUCGGGUUAUUGCCUAAAUUAUGGUUUAUGUGUAAUUGCUCCACAAAUACCCGGAUCUUCAGAACCCCCUCCUUUAAAAUGCAGCUGCACGCCUGGAUGGUCGGGACCACGUUGUGAGACCUCUGUACCGGAAUGUCAGAGUAGAUGCCAUAAUGGUGGUUCUUGUCUGAUAACUGAAGAAGGUAUGAAAUGUACCUGCCCAUCUAUGUAUUUUGGAGAACAAUGUGAACAUUGCAUUAAUCUAACUUGCGCCAACGGUGGCAUUUGCCGCGAGACCCUGACCGGUGCUACGCAAUGUGAAUGUCCAGAUGGAUACACUGGCAAACGCUGUGAAGUGAAUGUCUGUUCAGACUUCUGCAAGAAUGGCGGCUCGUGCAGUAUUGGCUCUAAAGGUGGUCCUUUAUGUCAAUGUUCACCCGGUUUCUAUGGCGAACAAUGUGAGUCCGAUUCUUGUGCCAAUUAUUGCCUCAAUGGUGGGCUCUGCGCCGAUCGCGGUCAAAAACUGAUUUGCACUUGUUCGGAACGCUUUGUAGGAGAGCGUUGUGAAACUGAUCUAUGUAAGACUUCCAGUCCGCCACAAUUUUGUGAUGCUACAGAAAUUCCGUCCCGAAAUCCCUGCGUUGGAAUAGUGUGUCAAAAUAGUGGCAUUUGUCACAUCAUAAAAGGUGUGGCCAUGUGUAAUUGUACAGAUCAAUGGAAUGGCGAAUUCUGCGAAAGACCUUUCGCGGAUGAUAAUCCAUGUAUACGUUACUGCCGCAAUAAUGGUGUUUGUCACUUGGACGCCUACACUGUGCCUCACUGUUCUUGUGUAGGCGAAUGGGAGGGUGACGCUUGUGACAAACCACCGGAAUGUAUUAGCGAAUGUGGUGUUUGUCGUACGGGCAGUUCAAUCAACGAAUGUAUCUGCAAUGAUGACAGAAUAGUACCAUGUUUGGCUGAUAGCGCUGAUGCUUUAAGUAGUGAACGACAACAUUCAGCUAAUGUUUUAUCUAUUUUGGCCGCAGUGCUGGCGUUAGCUAUUUUGCUGAUAGCACUACUCGGUGGUGGCGUGUACCUGAUAAAGAAACAUCGAAUUUCGCAGCCAUUUUCACAUGCUCGCUUAACCGAUAAUGUUGAGAUUAUGUUAACCAAUCCCAUGUACAGAGGAGAUGCUGAUGACACGCCCGCAUUUGUUCACGAAGAUGAUAAAGGCAACUUUGCUAAUCCCGUUUAUGAGUCUAUGUAUGCUGAUGCCAUUGUUGAGCCACCUAUACCGGAGAACGUUUUAAGCACGGCACCAGAUGAACGUAAAGGUCUUCUACAGCAUUCACACGAUGAUAAUCACACACCUGAUAUUCUUUGAUGAUUAACUAUGCAUGAAAUUUGCUAAAAAUCAAUUUUUAAGCCAUAAUUAGUCAUUUAAUUAUAGUCCUAAAACAUCACACACCUAUUGUAAACAGUAACAAUCACAACAGCAACAACAAGAAAAUCAAAGCAAUUGUCACUGACAUCACAGCACAAAAUUAUACUUGAAUUCUAAGAAGAAGAAGAAGAAGAAGAUACACGUAUAAGAACAUAUUUGUUGAGAUAGAACAAUCCACACACAAUUUAAGCAUCUUCCUUCGCAAUAAUAAUCCUAAAAAGAGAAUUUUUUUUUGUACUUUUUGAAAACACGAAGAAAAUGAAAAUAAUGAUAACAACAAUAAGAACAAGGACUGAUAGUAUAGUUAUUUCUUUGAACAAACAGGAACAAAACGAAAACAUGAUGAAAUUAUUUUUAUUUGUUUCAUAUUUUUUAUUGCUUUCAAUUUAUAAUGGAGUUAAGUUUAAAGAAAAAAAAAAAAUUUUUUUUUUUUUACAUUUUUUUAUAUUACAACUUCCAUCUGCAAUAUAUUAGACAAUUAUUGUUAUUAUGCUUAACAUGUUCAGAAGUGGCCUGUUACAGUGGAAUCCUUUUAUAUAUAUGGACUUGUUUAUUAGCUGUUAGCCAGUUAUUUUGGUGCAUCAAUUAACACAGAGUGGUUCUUAUAGUCAAAGUGAACUGAAUAAUUUACGUGGAUUACCUCUUAUAAAGUAAAGUGUACGUCAAUAGUUACCCAUUUUAUCCUUCUUUCAUUUAAUAUAUGUAUUGAUAUAUCCUUUUUAUUACGAAACACAUACUUAACAUUUUCACUUUUCUUCCUCUUUCGCACAGAAAACAUUUGUGCCAUUUAUAAGUCAUGUAUCGUGUAAGACCGAUGAAGAGAGCGAGCUUUAAUAUAAGUUAUUUCGUUGAAAGCAAACCAUCCAUGUCUAAAUCUAAAGAUUUUUCCCCUUCUCUCUAAAAAAUAUUAAUCUAAAGGAGAAAUAGUUGUUGAAUGCAGAGGAAACUUAUCAUCGUAGGCUUAAAAACAUUCAGUCAAGUUAUUCUCCGAAGUCCAAAGUUCGAAGUUAUGCAAUUACAUAACAAGCAUUCAAUUCAUUCAGCAAUUUAGCAACGAGACUGUGUAUCCAUGACAAGGUCAUAACCCUUUCUCGUGUUUUUCUCCCUAUUUAAGCUUGGGAAUCUGCCCUAACUAUGAACUUUGAUUUCCCUUCAAUUUCCAAAUUUCAAUAAAUUGCAACAUAUUAAGCGUGCACAACAACAAUUUUAAAACAUUCUCAAAAAUUGCAGCACGGCGGCACGUAUAUUGUGUCACCGCCGCAAAAGACUUUUUUGAGGGAACAGAACAUAUUGUCCUGAUGAAAUGGAGUCAAUCAUCUAACGAACAACAGUAGUCCUUGGCUGUCUUCCCUUAAAAUUGGUUCAAAAUUAACGUGUAGUCUUAAGAUCUGUUUAGGGAACAUUGCGCAAGAUAAUUUAUGUCUG